UCUGAUAACGCAACAGUUUGAACAAUAUACCUUAAAUCUGUGAUGAUAUAUUUUAGAGAUUGUAUUUAUUAAUUCUUAAAUAAGUAGUUUUUUUAUCCCGAGUUAAAGUGAAAUGAUUUGAAAAGUCUUAAUUAUUUAGUAGUAUGGCUACAACAAAUAGAAUCUAUAUAUUAGCGACGUUUCUUGUCUCAUCUAUAGCUCUCAUAUUCAAUAUCGUUUCGCUAAGUACGGAACAAUGGAUUACUGGAAAACUGUCAGAUUUGACAGAUACCACCCAGGAUUUCAGCUAUAUAAACUACGGACUGUUUCGAGGAAACUAUAGAAGAUAUGUUUCUAUAAGGGCGUCGUAUCAAGUUGAAAUGACAUGUAAUUUCGCAAACAACGUGUGUGCAUUACUAUGUUCAGCAGACAGCACAGCAGAUUUACUAGAUGCUUUAUAUAACAAUAAUAUAAAUGAGAACGAUGAUCCAACAGGAUCAUGUAUUUCUACUACAAGUUCUGUAUUUGCAAUUCAUCCUUUGACAGCAAAAACUCUAACAACUACAACAUACGUGAAUCGUAAAAAUUUUAUUAAUGCUGGCGUAUGGCUCAGCACUAUCGUUUGUUUGGUUAUAGCAGCAAUAAUCGGACUUCUUGCCUCAGUAUUAGCGCUGUACAAUACAAUCAGUAAUCCCAUAAACUUUUAUUUAAGCGUUGGGAGUCUAUACUUUUACAACGGGUUGGCUCUAGGGUUUACACUGCUCUACGUUAUCUUAUGGGGCACCAUGUAUAAUCUUACCAUUUUCCAUAAUGUUGCCUUAUACGAUACACUGGCUGAAAAGAUGACGUCUGAUAAAAUGGCGUUUCUGGGUUACUCAUAUUGGAUCUCCUUUAUACCUAUGACAUUUUACGGAGCAAGUAUCGCUGUUCUUUUCUACCGAGAACAUCUCAAUGCCAAGGAUCCCAAGCAGAAAAACAUCCAGAUUGAAGAUUCGGCCGAUCCAAGUCUAUUUUUAUUCUAAAACAUCACAUUAUCAUAUCACAGCAGCUGUAAUGACAUAUCUAUAUUGUUAUAUUUGUAAAGUUUAAAUUAAUUUAUAAUAAAACAUGUUAAAAGUUAAUUAAAAGUAAUUUGUUCUA